AUUUCUCCAAUAGGCCAUGGGAUAGACAGGAUGUUUCUAUCUGGUACAGAACAGCCCUCAAGAUGUUUGCAAGCUGUCUGGAAUCUCUCAGAAGGCAGACCCUGGAAAGCAGCCAGGAGAAAACAUAGUUACUGAUUCAUAUGUAAAUAUUGCUUUUCAUUUUUGAAAAAAAAGAGGAAAAGUGGUUUUCUGUUUUAAUCACACCCUCUUCACCCCAUUGUUGAGGGAUGCUUAUCCACCCCACAGUUUGGGGAAUGGCAAAUAACAGCAUCUGUUACCUGACAGAUGGAUUGACAGGUGUCUAUUAGUCACAUAUUCUCCCAGGUUGAGAAAAGAGGGCAGUGCCAGCCAUGCAGGCCUCACCAAGGUUUCCCUCAGGAACGGAGGGAGCAACCAGGGGCUGUGGAGAGUGAGGUGUGCCCUGGUUUCCCUGGGAGGUUGUAGCUGGCUUGUUUGAACAAUUCUGUGGGUGUCAGGGCACUGAAACCUGUUAUUCUAAGAUGAGCAGGGUUAUACAACAAACUCCCCUGGAAAAGGUCAGACAGAUAAACAAUGCUCCUUGCCAGGGGACCAUGUGUACCCUACCCAUCCUGGGCUAUCAGGUUUCACUGCCCUGUCAGCCACAGAAGCUCUGGUUUUACAGCAAAACCUUUCCUAAUCACAAAGGCCAUUCCUCCCGAACUUCACCACAGACCAAGAGUUUUUUUUCUGAAACCUCCAUUCCAUGUAGUUGGCUCACAGCUCAGGGAGAAGCACAUAACUGUCCGUGAAGGUUUGCACAAAGGCAAUGAGAUUCAAAUUUCCACAGUGCUGGUCUUCAGGGUCUCACUGGGGUUACAGACAUUGUUUUACCUUCUAGCUGGAAAACGCAGAGAAAUGCGAGAUCUGCUGGGAAGAAGGAAAGUUCAUCUACUGCUGUGUUUGUCUGAAGGGCUUUCAUGCGGACUGUCAUCUCCCACCUGUGGAACCUCAGAGGAGCCCUUGGAGAUGUACCUUCUGCACAAUAGAAUUGUCUUCACGAAGUCAGCAGCAGUUCUACAGUGAAUCUGAAGUCCUGGCGAGACAGAUGGGGCCAAAAGACAAGUCGAAAUGUGAAUUCCUACUCCUAAAGGUCUAUUACCAUUUAGAGAGCAACAUUUUUCUGAAUAUUCCACACGAACAUUAUGUUCAAAAGGCUUCUCAAUGCCUAGAGGAACUUAGGACAUUGGACGAAAUCAAGAAGAGUUUAAUUGAGAAAUGUUACCUCCAAGUGGAGAAGUUUGUGUUGGACAUGGAUCUCAUUUUUGAGGACCCCAGGCACAAUGCCUCAGACCUAACAGAGGAGGAAUUUAAGAAGAAUUUCCAAGAUGUCUUUGCUAUCCAGAAAACAAAUCAGAACAGUUCACUGGUGUAGUGGAUGCUCUUGAUACACUGGAAAAUCCUGCUUUCAGGCAUAUUUCUCAUCCCCCAGCUGCUAUGAGUGUUGGUUGCUGAUCACACCUCUCCCCAAUGUAUUGCUUUGGGCCAAAUGGAGGCAGAGUCACUUGAAGGUUACAUCUCUUUGUGCUGGGGGUUCGUUCCCAGCACCAAGUCUGAUCUAAUCAUGUGAAGUGACUCAUGUUCCUGUGCUAUGACCACAUCCUUGCUUAGCAUUUCUCACUGUGGUAUUCUGCUUCCCUUAUCCCUCCUCCUCAUGAGAGAAUUCUCACAAUAAAUCACUUAAUGAA